AUGGCGGCGCUCGGUGGUUUGGUGCCGGUGCUGCUGGGCCUGGGCCUGGGCCUGGGCCGCGCGGCCUCGCCCGUGGUGCUGUGGCACGGCAUGGGAGACAGCUGCUGCAACCCGCGCAGCAUGGGCUACAUCCGCGGCUUGGUUCAGCGCCGCCUGCCCGGCACCUACGUGCUGUCCCUGCGUCUCGGCGCCUCGCCCCUGCAGGAUGUGGAGAACAGCUUCUUCAUGAACGCGAACGACCAAGUGAGAGAGGUGUGCAGCCAGCUCGCCAAGGACCCUCACCUGAAAGGAGGCUACAACGCAAUCGGCUUCUCCCAAGGAGGGCAGUUCCUGAGGGCAGUAGCUCAGAGGUGUCCUUCUCCUCCCAUGUUCAAUCUGAUCUCCGUUGGGGGGCAGCACCAAGGCGUGUACGGCUUUCCACGCUGCCCUGGGGAGAGCUCCCAUAUCUGUGACUGGAUCCGAAAGACUCUGGAUCUGGGUGCCUACACACAAGCUGUUCAAGAGCACUUGGUGCAAGCAGAGUAUUGGCAUGAUCCUUUGAGGGAGGAGGACUACAGGAAGAACAGCAUCUUCUUGGCUGACAUAAACCAGGAGAGGGGCAUCAAUGAGACGUACAAGAAAAACCUGAUGGCUUUGAAAAAGUUUGUGAUGGUGAAAUUUCUCAACGACACGAUGGUUGACCCUCCAAUCUCUGAGUGGUUUGGGUUUUACAAAAGCGGCCAAGCCAAGGAGACGGUUCCACUGAGGGAGACCCCACUGUACACAGAGGACCGCCUCGGACUGCAGGAGAUGGACAAAGCAGGAAAGCUGGUGUUCCUGGGGGUGGAUGGGGAUCACCUGCAGUUCUCAGAGGAGUGGUUCUGUACCACCAUCCUCCCCUUCCUCCAGUGAGGCUGAGGGGAGGCACUGUGUGGGAGCACCCU